AUGGCCCUCAGUAUUCGGCAGAAGAGGGUGCGAAGUAUCCCCGGAGACCUAGUCCAUGGGGUUGCGGUGCAAGGCCCUGUGGAUGGUCUAGCUACUGGCACCCCACUCUAUAGUGUGGCGGUGCAAGGCGCUAUGGAUGGAAGGAUUACUUGUAGACCAAGGGAUUGGAGGUUUGGUACCUGGAAUGUAGGCACGUUGACAGGAAGAAGUUUGGAAAAGGUGGAGGAGUUGCAGAGGAGAAUGGUUGACGUGGCUGCAUUACAGGAGAUCAGAUGGAAGGGAGAAGGUACAAGGCCACUGUCUGCCAACCAGAAAGAACUGUUGAUGAAGCUGAAUCAUAGUUCCUCAAAUCACUUUUUCAGCUCCGACAACAGUUAUAAAAAUUUAUACCUGCAACUACCAUUGUUGUUUGCUGAUUGUUUACAGGAGUUGGAUCUUAGUGGUAAUGCAUUGUCAUGUGUUCCUGAAGCUCUCUCGACAAUGAAAGAACUGAAGAGGAUUGAUCUGUCCAACAAUCCAGCAUUGAAGGAUCUUCCUGAAGGUCUCUGUGAUCUCUUCAACUUGGAAAUGUUGUUGUUAGAAGGCAUUGAGUUUAGUGAUGUCAAACUGACUGAAAUGGCAAAAAAUGGAUUUUCAACAAAAAUGGUUCAAGCUUAUUUAAGAAAACGGAACAAAGUUUGUGUGCAGUACCACAGAUUACAGGUAGCGAUCCUCGGAAAGAAGAAGGCCCACCCUAAGGCCAACCAAAUUACCAAAACCUAUAACGUUCUGCAGAUACCUAGGUUGUCAGAUGGAAUUUCUAAAUAA